AUGAAGAAAAAAUACAGAAGAGAAAUGGAUUAUGUUGACGCGGUGAUAAGUGAAAUAGAACGAAAACUGGAAAGGACUAUAAGCGAUCUGGACGAUGUUAGAAUGAUCAUGAAUAAUUUGAAGACAAUACGAGAGCAAGAAGUCGAUAUGGAGCUGAAAAUUGACCCAAUCGAGAAUCGUUUUGAUGGCAUGUGGAGAAAACUCCAAACCUACCAAAGCGGCGAAGAGCUUUUUGGCCUACCAACCACAGACUAUCCAGACUUAGCUCAAAUACGUAAAGAAUUGAACUUAUUGCAAAAACUCUACAAACUUUACAACGACCGAGUCAACAGCUAUUACGACAUUCCUUGGGGCGAAGUGAACAUCGAAGAAAUCAACAAUGAAUUAAUGGAAUUCCAAAAUCGGUGCCGCAAGUUACCAAAAGGACUGAAGGAAUGGCCGGCAUUUUUCGCUUUGAAAAAAACCAUAGACGGUUUUAACGAUAUGUGUCCACUCUUGGAACUAAUGGCGAAUAAAGCCAUGAAACCGCGUCAUUGGCAAAGAAUAAUGGAUUCUUUAAAUCACAUAUUUGAGUUUGAAAGUAAAGGUUUCUGCCUUAAAAACAUCCUGGAAGCACCUUUGCUAGCCCACAAAGAAGACAUUGAAGACAUUUGUAUAUCAGCCAUCAAAGAAAAAGAUAUCGAAGCAAGACUCAGACAAGUCACAAACGAGUGGAGCCUACAUGAACUAACAUUUUUGACUUUCAAUAAUAGAGGCGAGUUAUUGCUCAGAGGCGACACCACAGCUGAAACUAUUGGACAAUUAGAGGAUAGCUUGAUGUUUCUAGGUUCACUACCAUCGAAUAGGUAUAAUGCACCAUUUAAAAAGCAAAUCCAACAAUGCGUGCACGAUUUAUCCAAUACCAAUGAGAUUUUGGAAAGGUGGCUUUUGGUGCAAAAUAUGUGGGUGUAUCUGGAAGCUGUUUUUGUUGGUGGUGACAUUGACAAGCAGCUACCAAAAGAAGCUAAAAGAUUUUCGAAAAUCGACAAAAGUUGGGUCGUUUCUUGUUGCGUCGGUGACGACAUGCUUAAGCAACUUUUGCCUCACUUUGUGGAAACUUGGCUAACCCAACUGUUGCAAACAUCAAAAGCUUCAUUGCAUUCAAUCAUCAGAUCAGCAUUUUCAAUGAUCAACGAUCAGAAGUUUCAGCUUUUAGUGUUCUUGGACAAAAUGCCCGCUCAAGUAGGUUUGCUGGGGCUUCAAAUGAUUCGGACCAGAGACGCCAAGCUGGCUCUACUACAAGCCAGGCACGAUAAAAAAGUAAUGCUGGACACCAACAAUAAAUUUCUAGAGUUGCUCAAUACAUUGAUCGAUCAAACUACUAGAGAUCUUACUAAAAUAGAGCGGACUAAGUUUGAAACUUUGAUUACCAUUCAUGUGCAUCAGAGGGAUAUUUUUGACAUAUUGAAACUUAACACUGAAUUUCGAAACAAACCUGAACGUAUAAAGGACUCACCUGGAAUUACUCGAGGCGACGGAGUUAUUCGACCUGGAUCUACGGCUUUUUAG